AAACCCUAGAAUUAAAUUUCCUGUCUUUAGCAUUUCGCAGGAUAAAGAAGAUAGGGAUAACAUAACUGAAUACAGACAGCAGGUAAGUAAGCAUUUUUUUCGGUUCAAUCCGAUUACAGAACCAAUGCUUCUGUAUCGUUCUGCUUCGGCGCUCCAUUUAGAGAGACUAGCGCUACCGUCUAAGUUGCUUUUCUCAUUCAAAAAUUAUAACUCCUUGGUCUCUACUUCAUGUUCCAUCCGAAUUGGGUUGGUUUCUUUGAGACAACGGUGCUCUGAAAAAUCGAGGGCUGCUGGAACUGUUGCUGCUUCUACUGCAUCAACUGCUGCUGAGGGAACUGGAAGGGAUACUUUUUUUGCGGCAGAAGGUGUUUCUUGGACGUCACUUGGUGUCUCUGAUAAUGUUUCUCGAGCUCUUGUUAGUUCUGGAAUCCAGAUGCCAUCUUUGAUUCAGGCUGCUUGCGUUCCCUCUAUAAUGUCAGGAAACGAUGUGGUCAUUGCAGCUGAAACUGGUAGCGGAAAAACACAUGGUUAUCUGGUACCUCUAAUCAAUAGGAUAUGCAGUGAACAUGGUGAUAACAAGUUGACUGGUAGCGACCAAGACUUGGCUUCGUUUAAUAAGCUUUCUCUUGUUCUUUGUCCAAAUGUAAUGUUGUGUGAGCAAGUGGUUCAAAUGGCUAAUACGCUUUGCGACGAACAUGGAAAAUCGCUUCUCAGAGUUACAGCUGUCUGUGGCAGACAGGGUUGGCCAAUUCAUGAGCCAGAUAUUAUUGUAUCGACUCCAGCGGCUCUUCUCAAUUAUAUUGAACCAAACAGGAGUCGUCGUUUGGAUUUUCUUCGCGCUGUGAAGCACGUGGUUUUUGAUGAAGCAGAUAUGCUUCUUGUUGGCAGCUUCCAGAAUAAGGUCAUCCGUCUGAUAAACUUGCUCCGGUUUGAAGAAAAACUAUUGUCUCGCUCAAAAGAAUCUCCAAAGAGGCUCGUGGAAUUAGAAGCUGACCCUUCAUCAGAGCUUAUUUUACAGGAUGAGAAUGACUUGCAAACUGAAACCAUCUCUGAGGGGGAAGAGGAUGGGGAAGGGGAAGAAAGUUAUGAGGAAGAUGUUGAUUCCAACGACAUACAGGAGCAAACCGAAAGUGUGUCUGGGAGAGUAAAAGACUGGAGAAGAGUGCGAAAAUUUUAUGAGCGUAGUAAACAAUACAUUUUUGUUGCUGCAACUCUUCCUGUGAAUGGGAAAAAGACUGCCGGUGCAGUGCUGCGAAAAAUGUUCCCAGAUGCUAGCUGGGUUAGUGGGAAAUACCUACACUGCCACAGUCCCAGAUUGGAGCAGAGGUGGGUUGAAGUGUCACUUGAUAAUCAGGUAGAUGAACUCAUCAAGGCCGUGAAUCAACCUAAAUCAAAACAGAGGAAUCCUGAUGGUGGUGCCAUCCGAACUAUGGUGUUUGCAAACACAGUUGAAACCGUCGAAGCAGUGGACAAUGUAUUGCUGAGGGCCGGUAUCGAAUGUUUCCGUUACCACAAGGACCGCAGUUUGGAGGAGCGCUCAAAGAUCUUAGCUGAUUUCAGAGAGAAAGGUGGUGUAUUUGUUUGCACUGAUGCUGCAGCCAGAGGUGUGGAUAUUCCAAACGUAUCCCAUGUCAUUCAGGCGGACUUUGCAACUUCUGCGGUAGAUUUUCUACAUAGGAUUGGUAGAACUGGUAGAGCUGGUCAAUAUGGACUUGUCACUAGCCUGUACACUAAAGCUAACCGCGAUCUCGUUGCUGCAGUUCGCCGAGCAGAAAACUUGUCUCAACCCGUGGAGGCAGCAUUUAGCAGGAAACGGAGCUUCCGAAACAAGCUUAAAAAACAAGGUUCUGCAAAAGAGAGCGCUCUGGCAUGAACAGCAGAGAAAUAAUAAUAUGGUUCUUAUUUUGUAUAGAUGACAAAUGGUCUAAACAAUGAAAACGAAAGAGACUUUUAAUCUUUAUAGAUUAUUUAUAUUGCAUCCAAAGUUAAAUUUUUAAUUGCGGGGAUUAGAGUAUGAUGAUUAUGAAUGUACAUUCUCAUGGUUAAA